UGCUAGGGGACUGUUGAUGAGGCUGCACCCAUUGAAUGGGAUGGCGGUGAAGAGGGUUCAUCUGAGGGAGAGUUGGGUGUACGGGAGAGCCGGGCUGCAGGCGGGCGAGGCAGAUACGGUCGAGUCACUUAACCUCCAGGGGACGUACAGAGAAAAAAUCAUCUCCUUGGGCGACGCCUUUAAGAACUUUAAAAGUCUUCGAUCCCUGGAUCUGUCCAGAAAUCUAAUCAUCAGCCUACAGGGCAUUGAAUAUCUGCACGCUCUGCACUCCUUGAACCUUUACUAUAAUGACAUUGAAGCCCUGGAGGAGAUAGUGCGCCUCAGACCACUGUCCCUUCUCAAGACCCUGGAUCUGCGCCUCAAUCCGGUCACUAGACAAGACGCCGAUUACCGCCUCAUUGUCAUCCAUGCCAUAGGCACCCUGAAGACUCUAGACGAACGGCCGGUGAGGGAGACUGAAAGGAAAAACGCAAAGUUUAAUUUCCAGCUAAAAGACUAUAAAACGAAGGAGAUGCCGGAGGUAGAGAUCAGCAGCACAGGGAGCUCUUACACCCAGAAGACAUCAGCCAAAACUCACCUGGAUUUUGACAUGAGCAACGCAGAAUUCGGCAAGGUAAAUGGACGCGAGAAUGACCGUACAGACUACAUGAAGAUCUCCCCAUCUAAAUAUAAGACUAAUGAGCACCAGUCAUACGUGCCGCCGCAGAGCGACUUUGAAGACGGUAUUGAAUACCGCCCCUUACCUUCACCCACGCGUUCAUCCCUGCGUUCUCCUGGUCCCUCGUCACGAGUCAAGGAAGGGCACCGCGUUUCUUUUGCAGAAUUGACCAUUUCAGAGCUGUACCCAAAGAAAGAGGAUUUGGCCCGACGAUCAGAAAUUGACGACAAUCUUGCCUGCGCAGGAAAACACCCAUUAGAUACACCUACAUCAGGGCUCAGCUUCAAAAAUACCUACCUCACGUCCACCCCAGUAAGGAAGGAGGAUGCCGGCAGUGAACGGGCGAGGGUUGACAGCAACGUCUUUAGUGGCAUUGGACAGAGCACAGAAUCCAGAGAUUAUCUGAAGUCUGUGGAGGAGUCAAGCAGAGAUAGACUACUGAGACUGAGCUCAGAUCUUUAUGUGACCACACAUCUGACUGACCCCCCUGCGUCUUCAAAUUCACUCUCUGCCUUAAGAAAAGGUUUUACCGAUGUGUCCAAGACCUACGCGCUGCCGUCUAAACUCACAUUGGCAAAUACCCAUCUGUCCACAGGAAAAAGUAUGAGCCGCCCCGAAUUUAACAGAGACUACAAGAACUCCUGGAACCUGGAUAGACUGUCUGCCACAAAGUUUGACAGCCUGACCGUGCCACAGAAUGGACUGAAAAGAGCCAGCAGCCUGAACUCUCUGCUAUCUCCUACAGUCAGCAGUAGUGACGAUCUGCUGAGCGGAAAUGAGCUGAAAACAAGGGUCAGCUCCGGGAGCAGCGAGGCCCCUAGUGUCAAUUACGUCCUGCACCAGCUGAUGGACUUGGUAGACCGCUACUGGAAUGGUUCAGGAUCCCUUCUGCAGAACCACAGGUUCCUGGUACCUGCUCAAGAUCUGCUCUCACGGCUGAUGUCAGCGAGACAGACGGUGGAUUCUACAGUCAUCCACAGACGAGAUGAAGACGGCGAGACCACAGAUUCCAUAAAGCUAAAGUUGGUAAAAGUCAUGGAGGAAAAUCAUUUCCUACGGACCAAAGUGUAUAAACUGGAGAACCAGGCCGCUCGUAACGAAGGGUCGGCAGCCUCGUCUUUACCCCAAGAGGAUCUGCGGCAGAAGUACGAGCAGCUGAGCCUUCAGGUGGAAUCAUUACAGCAGCAGCUGGAGAAAACCAAUAAACUGCAGGAGACGGUUCACCUGUUACACAACAGCCAGAGGUCAUUAGCCUGCACUAAUGAAUACCUCCUGGAGCAACUUCAGAAAAUCUCUCCCAACACAAUCUCCAGGCCUCCGCGAGGAACUUCCCCUGACAGGACUGGAAUGCAACGAUACCUCUAUUCUGAGCCUGGUGAGCCCAGCACCCAGACAUCUCACAGCACUGGGCACUACAGGACUCCGGAGAGGCUCAGCCUGUGCCCAUUAUAAAGUCACAGCCGUUUUACACAUCCUCCCAUCACGAAAUGCACCCUUCAAUCACAAGGAGCAGCCAUUCCAUAAUUUCAGAUUUCCGAUGUUUUCGGGCCAAAUUAAAGUGCCACAAAAUGAGUUUUGCAUAGUAUUGACUGGUAUUAUAGACCACAUGUCGGGUACCAGCCCCACCGAUUGGUGCGCAGAGCAU